GGUUUAAUAAUAACUAAUUAGUUUGGAGAUAAUUUCUUAAAGUCGGUUGUUGUCAAAGAUAUUUUUGUUUCUUAGCUGAGAGUGAAAAUAUCUUCAACUGUUUCAUAACAUGAAUUAUUUCAGUAAUGUGAAGUGAUUUUAUUGAUUUAUAGUCGAGCACCUGUCUCAGUCAUGUUGCUUUAACACACACACACACACACACACACACACACACAGUGUAAUUCCUAGUAAGCCUAUCAAAGCUGCCUGUUACCCUGCAGGUUACUCUGCUGACUCAGGAGGAUCAGAGCGUUUAAUCUGCCUCUGCUCACUUUUCACUGCCUCCUCUCUCCUUCCUUCCUUUCUUCCUUCCUUCCUUCCCUCUGUUCCCUUUCUCCUCAUCGUCACCUCCCCUCCUCUCACACCUUCCUCCCCUCCCUCGUCCAUCUGAGCAGAGUCUUCAUCACUUCAUUAAAACUUGAAUCCUUCCACCAGAUUACAUUUCUUCCCCAACUCAGACUUUACCUGAGCAGGACGGAUGUCUGCAGGUGAACGCGUCUCUACCUGAGUGAGGCGGUGUGUUCACUCAGGUGUGUGUGUGUGUGUGUGUGCGACAGACGUAUCAUCCCUCCUAUAAUCUCUUUAUCCUGGUCAGGGUGACUGAGGCUGAUUCUCCUCUGCUGGACCCUACGAACACUCCUCCACCUCUCCAUCCCUCUUUCUCCUCUUCUAUCCUCUUUUCUCUCAUCGCUCCAAACUUCACAGGUGUGUGUGUGUGUGUGUGUGUGUAGGGAGGGAUAGUCCUGUUUCCAUGGCGAUGAGUUUGAUGGGCUGUCGGUGAAUCUAGGCCACGUAACCAAGGGCAACAGCUUAUCAUCUGACAGGAAGUCAGAAAUACAGAACCUCCAUGGCCAAAGUAGCUCCUUCAGUCCCCUCCCCCGUCUCCAGGUUAACUCCGCCCACCAUUGUUCUACAAGACAUGGAGGAGGAGUCAGAUGAAGACAGAGUGGAUCAGAGAGGACGACCUGGAGUUCUGUUCAACGUCAACAACAGCAACAACAACGACGACGACGAAGAAGAAAAAAAGAAGAAGAAGAAGAAAGAAAAGAAGGAGAAGAAGGAGAGAAAAGAAAAGAAGGAGAAGGAGAAGCAGGAGAAGAAGGAGAGGAAGGAGAAAAAGCAGAAGGAGAAGGAGGAGAAAGAGAAGGAAAAGGAAAAGGAGAAAGAGAAAGCCAAAGAACAACCUCCAAAGGAGAUCACAGCGAUUGAUCCAGCAGGAAACACCUACUACUACUGGCUGGCCAUCAUCACCAUCCCCGUCAUGUACAACUGGACCUUCAUCAUAGCCAGGGCGUGUUUCGAGGAGCUACAGUCCGACUACCUGUACUACUGGUUUGUCAUAGAUCUAACCUGUGACCUCAUCUACAUUGCUGACAUGAUCUUCAGAACGAGGACUGGUUACCUGGAGCAGGGUCUACUCGUGAAUGAUGAGCAGAAGCUGCGUGACCGCUACAAAAACAGCUUCCAGUACAAACUGGACCUGAUCUCCAUGAUCCCCACUGACCUGCUGUACUUCGUCUUUGGCCUGAAGUACCCCGAGAUCCGCCUCAACAAGCUCUUCAGGUUCAACAGGAUGCUGGAGUUCUUCCAGAGGACGGAGACCAGGACCAACUACCCCAAUGCCCUCCGUAUCUCCAACCUCGUCAUGUACAUCGUCAUCAUCAUCCACUGGAACGCCUGCCUCUACUACUCCUUCUCCAAGGCCAUUGGUUUCGGUGCUGACAGGUUCGUGUAUCCCGACCCGAUAGAUCCAGAGUUUGGUCGUCUGGUGAGGAAGUACGCCUACAGUAUGUACUGGUCCACGCUGACGCUCACCACCAUCGGAGAAACGCCGCCCCCUGUGGAGAACUCUGAGUACCUCUUUGUUGUCACUGACUUCCUGGUGGGCGUGUUGAUCUUUGCCACCAUCGUCGGUAACGUCGGCUCCAUGAUCACCAACAUGAACGCUGCCAGAGCCGACUUCCAGGCUCGCAUCGAUGCCAUCAAACAGUACAUGAGCUUCCGAAAGGUAACGAAGGACCUGGAGAAGCGCGUCAUCAAGUGGUUUGACUUCCUGUGGACCAAUAAGAAAGCAGUGGAUGAGCGGGAGGUGUUGAAGUACCUGCCUGACAAGCUGAGAGCUGAGAUCGCCAUCAACGUCCACCUGGACACGCUGAAGAAGGUUCGUAUCUUUGCGGACUGCGAGGCUGGUCUGUUGGUGGAGCUGGUGCUGAAGCUGCAGCCGCAGGUCUACAGUCCAGGAGACUACAUCUGUAAGAAGGGCGACAUCGGGAGAGAGAUGUACAUCAUCAAGGAGGGAAAACUGGCUGUGGUCGCCGACGACGGCAUCAAACAGUUUGUUGUCCUGAGUGAUGGAAGCUACUUCGGCGAGAUCAGUAUCCUGGCUAUUAAAGGCAGUAAGGCAGGAAACAGGAGGACGGCCAACAUCAGGAGCAUCGGCUACUCUGACCUCUUCUGUCUUUCCAAAGACGACCUGAUGGAGGCGCUAACAGAAUAUCCUGAUGCUAAAGCUCUGCUGGAGGAGAAGGGACGUCAGAUUCUGAUGAAGGACGGGCUUCUGGACCUGGAGGUGGCAGCGCAGGGCCCCGACCCCAAAGAGAUCGAGGAGAAGGUGGAGCGCAUGACGAGCACGCUGGACGUCCUGCAGACGCGUUACGCUCGGCUGCUGGCCGAACAUGAAGCCACGCACAGCAAACUGAAACACAGAGUCAACAGGCUGGAGAGGAAGCUGGUGCCGCCGCCGCGAGCCGACCAGCCGGGCGACGCCGCUCCGACAUCUUAGACCCAGACAACCAACGAAGAAGAAGAGAGGAAGUAAAGCUCGGAGCAGCAGGAGGGAGAGCACGGUGUGAUUGACUGUAGAGCAAAAAAUCUGGUUUACAAAAUUUAGAUAUGUUUAAAAUGUUCUUCCUCAAAGUCAGAUUGAUUUUUACAUCCAGACAUGUAGAAAAAGAAAACAAACACUGAAUGCUGUCGUUUCAUUCUCUGAUGAGUUCAUGAUCUUCAUGCUUAACGAGCAAGAUUUUCCUCCAAAGUCAUUAAAAUAUUACAACCUGAGGAGAAAGUGAAGGACCAGUGGAGACGAGAGGAGCUCCAGUACGAUCCAGAGGAAGAGAGAGAAAACGUUCUAGUAAAUAUUUCAUGUGUAAACUUUGUAAUUAUAAUGUAUUAUAUAUUAAAUAAUAAGCAUCAUUUCUGUUCCUCUACGUCACAGCAACUGUUCAGCAUGUUUCUGUCUGAGCGAGAACACGUGACGUGAAAACGUAUCCGAGCGAGUUGAAGAAGAUAAAUCUGACACUGACUUGAGUCAGACGGACUCACUGGGCUGGACUAGAGCGAGCUUCAGGCCUUAGAUCAGCUGCUGUAGAUCAGGAGAGGUCAAAGGUCGGCAGGAAACUCUCUGCGUGUUCAUCUGUAGUUUGUCUGUAAGGAAGGUCUUUGCCUCUCCUGUAUGAUUCUGUCAGCCAAUCACAUCUCUGCUUUCUGUAAAUAGUCGUUAAAACUGCUUGAUAAAAAAAUAAAUCCUGACCUGAAUGAAUUCUUGAAGCACUGCGCUG